AUGGCCGUACCUGUAGCUAAUGCCACGCAGUCUUUCUGGAGAUCUGACCCCCAACCCUUGGACAAUCACAGAACGACCGAGCAAUUGCCCGCCAAAGCAGAUAUUGUCAUCAUCGGUGCUGGAUAUGCUGGGGCUUCCAUAACCCAUCACUUGCUUGAAAAGAGCAAAGCAUUGGGUCGAUCAGUUUCCAUCGUCAUCCUCGAAGCCAGAGAAGCAUGUUCGGGCGCUACGGGGCGAAAUGGUGGCCAUCUAAAGCCAGAUCCUUAUAACCGAGCAGCGGGGGCUCUCAAGACUCAUGGCAAAGAGGCUGCUGAAGAAGUAGCAUCGUUCGAGGCGAGACAGGUAAAGGAGGUCCAGAAGCUUGUAGAAAGAGAGAAUAUUGAAUGUGAUUUUGUUGUGACGAGAGCAACUGAUGUAUGCAUGUACGAGGGUGCGCGGAAGGACUUGAAGCAAGGGCUGGAUGCCCUUACGGAAGCGAAUGUGUCUACGGCGAGUGAAGUGCACUAUAGUGAUACACGAACCGCUCAAGGCGUAUCGGGCGUCAAAGGAGCCCAAGGUUGCUUCACAUAUACUGCAGCCCACGUCUGGCCAUACAAGCUCGUGCUCAGCUUGCUCAACAAAGCCGUGAAGCACGGUGUAAACUUGCAAACACACACACCCGUCACAUCCGUCCAACCCGCCCUAGAACCUCACACAUGGGCAGUAGAAACAUCUCGAGGCAGCAUCGCGGCGGAAAAAGUCAUCUACGCCAGCAACGCCUACACAUCAUCCCUCUUACCAGAAUACAAAACCAAAAUCAUCGGCGUCCGAGGAAUCUGCAGCCGCAUCGUCACGACCAAACCCAACGCACCUUUCCUCUCCAACAGCUACAUCCUGCGCCUCGCACCAAACGAAUACGACUAUCUCAUCCCCCGCAGCGACGGCAGCAUCAUCGUCGGAGGCGGUCGACGAGAUUAUUUCCACCAGCUAGAAACCUGGUACGAAAACUACGACGACUCUUCCCUCAUCACUUCGGCUCAACGCUAUUUUGACGGAUACAUGCAACGCCAUUUUCGCGGUUGGGAGGAUAGUGGUGCGUAUACGGAUGCUGUGUGGACGGGCAUUAUGGGAUAUUCGGCCGAUGGAUUUCCUCAUGUUGGUGCUGUGCCGGGGAAGGCGGGACAGUUUAUUUGUGCGGGAUUUAGUGGACAUGGUAUGCCGCAGAUUUUUUUGUCUGCGAAGGCGCUGGCGGAGAUGGCGUUGGAGGGGAAAGAGGUGGAAGAGGUGGAUUUGCCGAAGUUGUAUAGAGCUUCGCAGGCGCGGCUGGAUUCGAAGAUGAAUGUUGCUUUGGAAGGAUGGGAUGGGACGCAUGCCAAG